AGGCCCAAACCGUUCUCAUCCAAAAACACUCACGUUUCGACACACAAAAAAAAGGAAAACCCUUCUUAGCUUAGCUUCUUCUUCUCCGAUCAACAGUCGCCUCCUCUCCUCCUUAUUUUGCGUCGCCUCGCCGGAAAGACACAAAACAGAGAGAGAGAGAGAGAGAGAAGGGUCCGUAUAAAUUAGGGUUUCUUUCACCUAACAGAGCCGUCGAACCUAGCCUCUUUUUUCUUCCUCUUUCGCAGAGCGAGCGACUCGCGAAAAUAAGAUCCUGCUCCUGAUCUAGGUCGCAAAAUCGCAGAAUCAUUCGAUUUUGCGAUUCAGAUCCUGAUUUUUACUACCUUGCCUGUGAGGAACGAUGUUUGGUUCGAACCCUUUUGGGCAGUCGUCGUCGAGCCCUUUCGGCUCUCAAUCGGUUUUCGGACAGACCAAUUCGAGUAGCAAUAAUCCUUUUGCCCCUAAGCCAUUUGGUAGUACAGCUCCAUUUGGUUCGCAAACCGGCGGUUCCAUAUUUGGAGGUACUUCCACGGGGGUGUUUGGAACAGCUCAACCGUCUUCUCCAUUCGGUGCUUCGUCAUCACCGGCUUUCGGUAGUUCACAACCCGCUUUUGUGUCAUCUUCAACUCCUGCUUUUGGUAGUUCCUCGUCGUCGUUUGGUGGAUCUUCAGUUUUUGGUCAGAAGCCUGCUUUUGGAGGCUUUGGAUCUACUCCUACUCAAACAACUCCAUUUGGUGCUGCUCAGCCAUCACAACCAGCUUUUGGAAGCAGCAUAUUUGGUUCCUCAACACCUUUUGGUGCAUCGUCUCAGCCUGCAUUUGGUGCGACAAGCAACCCAGCAUUUGGUGCUACAAGCACUCCUGCAUUUGGUGCAACGAGCACCCCUGCGUUUGGUGCAACGAGCACUCCUGCAUUUGGUGCUACAAGCACCCCCUCAUUUGGUGCAACUAGCACCCCUGCUUUUGGUGCUACAAGCAGUCCUGCAUUCGGUGCAACCAGUGCCCCUGCAUUUGGUUCAACCUCAACUCCAGCUUUUGGUAGCACAGGGAGUGCAUUUGGGGUGUCAAGUACUCCUGUAUUUGGUAGUGGGGGAGCAUUUGGGGCUUCGAGUAACCCUAUGUUUGGUUCAUCAAGUACAUCUGCUUUUGGCACUUCAAGCAGUCCAUUUGGGGCUACUAGUACUCCUGCUUUUGGGGCCUCUAGUACCCCAGCAUUCAGUUUUGGAUCCACUCCUCAAGCUUUUGGUCAAUCAUCUUCUGCAUUUGGUAACAGCAGCCCAUUUGGGAGUACAGCCUCACCCUUUGGAGGUCAGAGUUCAGCGUUUGGAUCCCAAACUCCGACAUCAACUUUUGGAAAUACUGGUGGGCAGUCAGGUUUUGGAGGUCAACAACGGGGUGGAAGUAGAGUAGCUAGUUACACAGCAACAACUGAAGCAGAUAGUGGUACCUCUGGACAGACUGCAAAAUUGGAGUCCAUAUCUGCCAUGCCUAUUUACAAAGACAAAAGUCAUGAGGAACUAAGAUGGGAGGACUAUCAAUUGGGAGAUAAAGGUGGAUCACUUCCCUCUACGCAAUCAACUGGUUUGACAGGCUUUGGUUCGUCUACAACACAGACAAAUGCCUUUUCUCCUUCACCAGUGUUUGGUCAAUCAUCAGCCAAUCCUUUCUCUAGCACAGCACCUAAUUCUAACCCUUUUGCGCAAAAGAGUUCACCUUUUUCUUCUGGAUUUGGAACUUCGGCUGCUCCUGCCUUCAGUUCAUCAGCUUUUGGUUCUUCAACGUCAGCAGCAGCACCUUCUCUUUUUGGCUCAUCGCCAUCUCCAUUUGGAGCUAACUCUUCUUCAACACCCGGCUUUGGGCAAUCUCCAUCCCUGUUUAAUACUGCUCCUGCUCAGGCUACAUCUUCACCAUUUGGCAAUAGCAUUUUUGGCAACACACAGUCAUCUCCAUUAUUUAGUUCUGCAGCCCCUACAGGUGGACAGACAGGUUCAGCUUUUGGGCAGAAUACCUCCCCCUUUGGACAGACUACUACACCUUCUUUUAGUCAAUCAAGCCUGUUCAGUUCACCUUCUUCUGGGCUUGUUGGAAGUAUUUUCUCAUCAAGUGCACCUCUCACUUCUAAUAAUCUGACAGGUUUUGGUCAAACAGCGCCAUCCAUUUCAACACCUUUUCAACCUGCACAACCUGCUCAGUCGAGUGGUGCUUUUGGCUUUAGCAACUUUGGUCAGACACAACCUGUUGGUGCAAGCAGCUUCGGUGGCACUCCAGGCAUAUUUGGUCAGAAUAAUUUUGGACUCGUGUCUUCUACCCCCCAGAGUUCAGUGGCUGUACAAGCAGUUCCGAAUACAAAUCCAUUUGGAACACUUCCUGCGUUGCCUCAGAUGUCAAUUGGUCGAGUUGGAACCACUCCUUCAAUUCAAUAUGGAAUCUCUAGCAUGCCUGCUCUAGACAAACCUGCUCCUGUUAGAAUAUCCUCUUUAUUGACAUCUCGGCAUCUCUCUCAAAGACGAAUAAGGCUUCCUGUCAGGAAAUAUCAUUCUAAGAAUGAUGGUCCAAAGGUUGCAUUCUUCAGUGAUGAUGAGGAUACUCCAACGACACCCAAGGCUGAUGCUCUGUUCAUUCCUAGGGAAAAUCCAAGGGCGUUGAUAAUUUGUCCCAUGGAGCAAUGGCCAGGAAAGGUUUCCGAGAAGCCAUCAACAUUUAAGGAUAGAUCCAUCCCAGUGAAUGAGAAUGGAAAUAUCUCGAAAGAUGCAUCUGUAACACCUGAUAGAACCACUUCACAGGAUAAAGAUAAAGAGAAGAGUGCUGUAGAAAAUGGUGUUGUCAAGGAGCAAGCUCAGCCUAUAACGACAAAGCCAACAUCCAAUGGGAGCAAUGAAGAUCAUUCUCUACAAAAGGCGGACGUGUACAAGACACUCAGUGGUCACAGAGCUGGUGAGGCUGCCAUUGUCUAUGAACAUGGAGCUGAUGUUGAGGCACUAAUGCCAAAACUACGGCGAUCUGAUUACUACACACUGCCUCGUAUACAUGAACUGGCGGCCAAGGAAAGAGCUGAACCAGGAUUCUGCAGUCAUGUUAAGGACUUCGUGGUUGGAAGGCAAGGUUAUGGCAGCAUCAGAUUCUUGGGUGAGACGGACGUGCGACGGCUCGAUCUUGAGUCCCUCAUUCAGUUUAACAACCGGGAGGUGAUUGUAUACAUGGAUGAUUUAAAGAAACCUCCUGUUGGACAAGGGCUGAAUAAGCCUGCUGAGGUGACACUACUCAACAUAAAAUGUUUCGACAAAAAAACUGGCCAUCAGUAUACAGAAGGACCGAAGAUUGAGAAAUACAAGGAGAUGCUCAAGAGAAAGGCUGAGGACCAAGGUGCUGAAUUUUUAUCAUAUGAUCCCACUAAAGGAGAGUGGAAGAUCAGGGUCAGCCAUUUCAGCAUCUACAAGCUAGUAGAAGAUGAAAACAGUUGGAUAAAUGAUGACAACUAAGGUUGGUCCGUCUGGUUUUGAUACAGUGGAAGACCACAGUAAAUUUGAUAGUUUCAGAACCAAUGUUCUGCUUUAAAAUGUAUUUGUUUUUUUCCUGUAAAUUGUCACUGUAUUGUGUGGAUAUAGCUUGGGCCAAUGUUGUUGAUGUGGUUCUUAUCUUGCUUUGGGGAUAUUUGAUAGAUCUUACGGUUGGGGAUGUUCAAAUAUGGGUUUCCUAGUAUCAUUUUUUUACGUACUUAAAUUUUGAUUCGCAUAGCUGUUACGGUUAUUUCAACUUUUAUUUUUUUGAAUUA